CGGCCGCGAGGGUUGGGAAUGCGGCUCGGGGAGAGGGAGCCUGGGCGGAGCGGCAAGAGCUAAAGAAGGAGCGAGACGUGGGGCAGAGGGGGGAGAGGGAGAAGAGGCCGCCGCGCGUCGUCCUGACAGCUUCCCCCUCACAUCGGAGACACGGGACGAACGGCCCCAGUAGUGACCACACUCGCCAGAAUGGAAGAGGAGGGGGGGUACCCCCUCGACUCCUCGGGCAUCCACGGCUGGAGUGACCCCAGCUCGGGCGAGGAGGUCACUGCGAGCGAGCGGUCAAGGCCACGGGGAGAUGAUGCGGGAGACUCGUCGGGGACCCUGGUGGGAGACGAGGUAGCCUCUGACGAGGCGGAGCUCACCGCUGUCUACAGCUCCUCUGACGUGCCCGGGACGGACGGCCCUGCGGAUCGCGGGGGUCCAGGAGGCCCCCGCACCCCCCCGGGUUUGUCCCCCUCGGAGAGUGGAAAGCGAGAUGAGGUGGCACGCGGAGGGGGCCUAGGGGGGCCGGAGCGCGGCCUCGACCGCGUGGAGCCACUGAGCGGACCCGAGGCGCGGGGUCACGGCGACCACGAGGACCUAGACCAGGAGGAGGUGCACGACAUGAAGGCCGAGCUGGAGCAGCGCGUGGAGCAGCUGGCGACGAGGGCGGUGCGGGUGGAGAGUUUCGUGGCGGAGCUGGAGGACAUCUUCAUCCGCGUGGAGGAUUCGUACUCGGGGCUGCAGGCGGGCGCCGACUCGCGACUCGCCGGACUCAUGGAGUCUCUGCUGGAUCGCUACUCGGGGCUGGCGCGGCUUUUGGAGGAGGAGCGGCGCCUCAAGACGGAGCGCCUCUACGUGCAGCUGCUGCAGUGCGGCCGCGGUCUCGGCGCCUCGCGGGAGCUCGCGGCGGCCGCGAGGCGCGCGGCGCGGCUCCGCGACCGGAUCCCCUUCCUGCACUCGGCGGAAGCGAUAAAUGACAGGAUCGUGGAGGCGGUGGGCUCGUUCCUGGGCGUGAGCCCGCAGCCCCGCACCUCGGCCGAUCUCCUCGAGUUCCGUCUCGAGUUCUCCCGCGAGAGGCGCGCGCUGCGGGCUCUCACCUGCACGGCGGCCCCCUCCGCUCCCCGCCUGGGCCCCCAGGAGGAGGGCGGGGCCACGAGUCGCAGCUUCACGGUGCGGUGGGGAGUGGGGGCGCGUGACGUCAUCACCCACUUCACACUCAUCUGGCGGGGGGCGGGGCCGGACUCCACAGAGCUGAGUGUGGGGGUGCGCGGCGCGUGCUGCAGCUGCGUCGUGACGGGACUCGAGCCCAACUCGGCGCACGUGGUCCACGUGGUGGCCCACGGGCCGCACGGGGCCAGUACCGCCAGCGAGGCGCACGUCUACCACACAGUCCCCGAGGCCCCGGAGUUUGUGGAGCGGGACUGUGCGUGGAGCCUGGAUGGCGCCGUGCUCCACUGGAAGUCUCGUGGCGUGGGAUCCGUCUCCUCGUUCUCGCUCGAGUUCACGCGGCUCCACGCAGACCCCGAGUGCGGCGAUGGCGAAGAGAGCAGCGGCCUCAGGACCAUCUCGGGCAUCCAGGGAUGCACGCGGCUCGUCUCGCUGCGUCCCGCCCAGCGCUACCGCUUCCUCGUGCGUGCGCUCAACGCCGCGGGGCCCAGUGACACCAGCCGCGCGCUCAUCAUAGAGACGCGAGGUGCGCACUUCACCCUUGACCCCGAGACCGCGCACCCGAGGCUUCAGGUGUCUGAGGACGGGACCCGCGUCACGUGCCCCGCGGGGGAGCCCGAGGACCUGGGGGACGCGGGGGCCCAAGAGGGCGAUGGAGACUCAGAGCUGUUUGAUGGCUGCUGGCUGUCGGUGCUGGGUGCGUCCCCCUCGCCCCCCACCUCUCGCGCCCCCCUCUACUGGGAGGUGUCUGUGGAUGCGGCCUCUGGGUUUUGCGUGGGGCUUGAGAAGGAAGGGGGCUCAUGCCUCCUGCGCUACGCGGGGGAGCCCAGAAGGCUGGAAUUGCUGGAAGAGGGAGGCCGUGUGAAGGAGCUGCUCGUGUCGCUGCUCCCCACUCGCCUGGGCAUCCUCUACCGCCCCCUGCGGAGUCUCCUGAGCUUCUACAACGUAGAGCGGGAGCAGCUGCUGGCGGGGGGUCCCGUGCCGCAGGGCCCGGGCUCCGCGCGCCCCGCGUUCAUCCUCGAGGGGCCCGGCAGCCUCCAGCUGCACACGCAGAUCCCCGUGCCGUCAUUCGCGGCGUGAUGGGGGGGGGUGGGAUAACGAGAGGGUGCGAUGUGGUGUGGGGAGUGCCCUGCGACCCGAGUUCUAUUCUCGCUCACGGCCAACACCAGUAACCAUUAUCUGAACCAGUUCUGGGCAUUACCCUAGAUCGACUUAAAUGAGUACCUGGUGCAAUGUGCAUACAUUGCUAUUGGAGAGACAAAGGCGGCUGGGCGUGAUGCUGACCACCCAUCCCCUCGUGUCAGUCUGCUCAAACCUAUACGGGGGAUCUUCGUGUGAAUGUGUAGUGUGCGUGACGGGGUGGAACAAUGUAGGAGGUGGGCUGGUAGGAUGUGCGGGCCACAACCAAGGCCCGCUGUGCUGCAUGACUGUUGCACGUGGACGUGGUGAAUGCACGACCACUUCGUUGCGUGUGGGUUGAUUCGUGUGCACACUCGUGGUUUGAUGACGCGAAUUUCAGGAGUGAAAUUGUCCCCGUUGCUUGGCUGAACGAGGCUGAUAUUAUUUGUUUUGCUGCGAUGCUGUGCUCGCUUACAAGGUCAGGGGGUCCUGUCGGAGUUCACCCCCCGGGUCGGGGUUAACACGCGGGGUCGCGCACGUGAGGAUCACUUUAGGUCCCGGCUCAGGGCAAUUGAGCUGAAUAAACACGCGUGGCAGGGUAGCCAUAACCAGAGUCUGGCUCCUCUCUCCGGUAAUCACUGAUUCACCCCAGUCACUCGCUCACUCACCGGCGCUCAGUCGCCUCCUUAUCACUCUUCUAUCGCUCCUACCAGCGUUAUUCCGGAUCUGGGUGAGAUUCUAGGACAGUCAGAGCAGCGCAGCCCCAGAAGGGGUCCACUCGGGGCUUGAGUAUGCAGCGAGGUUCGUUGUUGGAGUCUUGCUUG